AUGGCCGCGCAAGAAGGACGAGCUCCAUACCCCCCAUUCACGGCGGAGACAGCCCAAAUUAAAGUCAAAGCCGCACAAGAUGGGUGGAACACCAGAAACCCAGCCGGCGUCAAAUUGGCGUACACUCCGGAUUCCAUCUGGCGUAACCGUGACACUUUCUUGCAAGGCCGUGACGAGAUUCAGAAGUUUCUCACGGAUAAAUGGAAGAGAGAGAAUGGCUAUCGCCUGCGAAAGGAGCUCUUUGCUUUCACAGACAAUAAGAUUGCAGUGCAAUUCUGGUAUGAGUGGUACGAUGAGGCUGGACAGUGGUGGCGCACUUAUGGCCUCGAGGAUUGGACUUUUGCGGAGAAUGGGCUGAUGAGGAAGCGCCAGAUGAGUGGAAAUGAUGUAAAGAUCAGCGAAGAAGAGAGGUGGUUCAAGGACGGUGUUGAUGUGAACACUGUAGAUAUUGCAGAGAAGCACUGGUAG